CCAUUCAUAUUUAAUAGUAUAUUUCUAACAUACGUGAAUGGCCUUUAUACGGGGAUUUUAUGUGUGAUAUUGCAUUAGACAGCAUGGAUUUUUCAUAUGGCAAUAGAAAAGGGAUUGGGGAAGGCAAAGAACAUUCAAUUUCAAGGUUAGACAUGACAAAGAAAAUGCGCCACCGAGAAUCUGAUGCGAAAUGGAGAGCUGGAAUUGCAAAAUCCUAUAGGACUUUGCAGAAAGUACUGCCUGACGCCCGAGCUACACAGCACAAAGUCACAAAGCAUGCAGUUCUUAAUGCAACAGUAAAACAUAUAGAUACACUUGAAUACCUAGUGGAGCUUCUCUGCAAUGAAAAAGCAAGCAGAGUGGAGGUUGAAGGACAGUCGACUUUAGAAAGAUGCAAAGCUGAGUUCGUGGCCCAAGAGCAAAUAAACUUUUUAAGAAAUUCUGCGAAGCCCAAGAUGCAUACAACACGGAUGCCGAAAAAAUUGCUGCUAGCUGGUGACCAGGAAGGAAACGAUGCGGACCUUGAGCUCAAGUCUCCCUCGCAAACCCAGUACAACUACACCAGAAGCAGCAUCCAGGGAAGCAACACCAAGAAAAAACUACACGACAUGAAAGAGAAGCUAGCCACGUCGCUAGAUGGCGCUAGUGAAAACCUUACGUCGCUGUCCUCUUCUGCGCACUCCCUGAACGUGUCAGACAAGCAACCUGCAGCACACAGUGUCUACAGUGGAAACGCUGCCACCGCCCUGGCGUCUGCAGCGAUGCUUCACAAGGUGCAUCCAGGCAGUGCUCUUCUAGACAGCAGCUGGCUGCCAUUUACUCCGCGCAAAAAUAACGCGAUCGACACACACGCCUUAGCAGGUUCGGAUGUGGAAGGAAACCCAGCAAGCAUGUACAGCCCAAUGAGAGUAGUGGCCAGCCCACGUGUGCAGUAUUUUCAACAGUACCAGUCGCCGUCCAUGACGAAUUACUCGUCGCACUACAUUCUGCAGUCCCCCGACGUGAAGCACGGGAUGGUACUCAAGACGACGCCCGAUCGCAUCUGGGGCUUCACUCCGGACAACACCUUCGAUCCUUUGCUGAGCGGAGACAUCAGCUCUGCAUUGAUGGCUUCCCAACCGAGACGGGCAAUCCUGCAGACACCGGAUUCCGCGGAAUGGAAGUACGCCACCGACGGAUUGCCACCGAUGAUGACUCACCUCGCAGGAUUCACGCCAACCUCAGGCUGUGACAGUGGCACCUUUAAUACACCGCUACGCCCGAUUGAGGAGGAUUGCAAUGCUCUGCCGUUAGACCUAUCUCUGACAGAUCUCUCAGCUCCACAGGCGUGGCCCCCGACGAUCAACCUGCUGUGUAGAGAGCGGAUGGCGGCGAGCGAGGGAGAGACAGCCUGUCGCCAUGACGACGAUCCGACUGGAUUCCUCCUAGUGCGCAAAAGAAAAGACUGGCCAAGCGGCAUUCUGAGCUGGCUAAGCCAAAGAAGCUGGAGAGAGCACCGAAGAAACCUCGCCUUGUACACAAUAGAAAGAGAGCAUCUCCCAAGUGCAAGAGAAGACUAGACAGAUACUAUGACCAGGAGGCAAGCAGCAGUGCUGUGAAGAAUGUUGAGGCGGUGAAUGACGCAGAGCAGAAUGAACAUGGCUACCUUAGCUUCC